AUGCGGCCGCAGCGGGGUUCGGAUUCUCCCGCCAACACGCCCUUGGGGGCGGAGCCCUUCACCAGAGACCGGGGAAGAGGUCGCGCGGCUCCAGCUGUUACAAAGGUGGCAUGCAAGUUCCACUUGUUAAAUAUUGACUUAUAUCCCAGCAGCCCACAACAUCCACCUCGUUGGUCUCAAGGAAGGAAACGUGGAGCAGAUGGGAAACGCAGAAAGCCCAAUGAUUCGGAUUCCUCUGUUUUUGAUAAUGAAAACAAGUAUAAAUCUUCUGACAACAGGUUGGAUAGCUUUACAACACCAGAAGGACUUGGGCCUCUUUCAAGAUGUUCAGACUGGGGAUCUGCAGUUGAGGAAGAUGAAAUGAGGACCACUGUUAAUAAAGAAAUUGCCAGAUACAAAAGAAAGCUCUUGAUAAAUGAAUUUGCAAGAGAAAGAAAGUCCUCUUCUGGAAGUUCUGAUUCAAAGGAAUCCACUGUAUCAGUAGAACUUGAGACAGAUGAAGUGGUUCUGAUGAGACGGCAAAAACAGAUAAAUUAUGGAAAAAACACAAUUGCGUAUGACAGAUACAUUAAAGAAGUUCCAAGGUGUCAUCGGGUCCCAGGGGUCCAUCCUAGGACUCCGAAUAAAUUUAAGAAGUAUAGCCGUAGAUCCUGGGACCAGCAAAUCAGACUGUGGAAGGUUGCUUUGCAUUUGAAUUGUAGUACUCCUGUUGAUCUUGGUGAGAUGGAAACAGAAUCCAUAGGAAGUAAUUCUACUGAAUCUCAAGCAAGCUCUCAAGACAAUUAUGACACCUUUUCUGGCACUCCCACCAAGGUUAGGCAUGUUGACUAUCAGGUGGAAGGUGAAUUUGACUUGGAAGCGUGUUUGAAUGAGCCACUUAAAGACUUCAGUACUGUGAGCUAAAUGGUUCUCUGUGCAUACUCUUUUAAGGGAAACAUUUUAAAAUUUUGUGAACUGAUAUCUUGAUAUUCUCAAACUGGAUGUUGUUCCCUACCUGUCAGUAGUGCAGAAGCUUAAGCAAGUUAAAGGGCUGUUCCCUAAUUUGUGGUCUCUAUAUUUUCUGGACCAAAUAUGUAAAGAAUAGAACUUAAGCUGUGUAACUCCUCUUUGAAUUCUAAUUUAAUGUAUAUCAGAUGGUUUUACAAGACUACUUUUUUAUAAUUUUCAAAACAUUGAACUGUUCAUAGCGUACCCGGCCAAAAGCAACGCUACUACCCCCUCCAGAAAACUGUUCUGUAAAACUUCAGGUUGUCAUUUGUUUCUCCAUAAGUUAGCUUGUUACUUAAGCACUCUGACAAUCCAUAGAGCAAUUUAUCCACCAUAGGAUAAGCAGGUGUGGUUUGAGAUUUUGUACACUGCCUUGGUGAACUAACUCUCCUGCAAAUCCUGCCUAAAGGGUCCAUGCCCUCUAGAUUUCACCUCUAAAAUCCAGGACCUUCUGGUCUAGCAACAUCUGUGAUUUGGAAGGCCACAAAUAUUGCUGGACCAGAGAACCCAGGCUAGCCAGGUUCAGGGGCUGGGAUGGUGGUGGAGAACGUAGCCACGCCCACCUGGAGGCAGCAGGGCUGGCAGAGACCGGGAGCAAGGACCUAGCUAGACCAGCAAAGUGGGGAGUGUAGCCCCAUCCGGGCCAGACACAGCAAGGCUGGUGCCCAGGCUGCACUCCUGGGCUAGCAGCAAGAGCACAGCCCCAGCUGGAGUCAGCGAGCUGGGGAGUACAGCUCCAGCAAGGCUGGGGGCAGCAGGCCUGUGGCAAGGAGCAGGGUGGACCUCCCCUGAUCUGGAAAACUCUUUGACUGCUUAGGUCCCAGGGGUGCCAGCUCAUGGAGGUUCCACCUGCAACUACAAUAACCUAUAACAACUUCUAGUUCAUUAUUGGUCUAGACCAGAUACUUGAGCUAUUGAUUUGGAAGUGUGGCGGGCUCUGUCCUUGUUUCCUGCAUCACUGAACCUCUGACAUUUUCCUUAAUCGGUAAAGAUAUUUGUGUAAGUGGUUUUUCCAUAUGACAUGGUUUUCCUUUUGACUGAUUCAUUAAAGUAAAUUCCUCUCAUUUGCAAAAGAUUAUUUUAUAGUGGUGGGAAAGGACAUAGUAUGCAACAUUUACUAAAAAAAAAAAGCCUGAAGUGUGGCACUGAUGCAUUAAGGAGCUGUAGCCUAAAUUUGGUACCUGUAAAUAGUUAUGGGUAGACAUAAGUUGUCUAACACUUAGAGAAAAAUAAACAAUAUAUCCAGGGAAAGCGCUUGAUUUGUAUUUGCUGAUUUUAUUGUAAAACUGUUGUAAAUGAUAACUUUGUACAGACAUUCUGCUGAAAGCAGUUAAUGUUGCUAUUGCUUUUGUAUGGGAUAGUGUUGCUAAAAAUAAAAAUACAUGUGUCUUAACUUGUA